CUUCCGCACCGAGGAGAGCUGCUGUUUCCAACUUGGUCGGUCCUUCUCAAGAUGCCUCUUUACGGUUACUCUUUGGCCACGACUUUUGCGGUCGGUGAAUGAUCUAGUUCAGAGGUCGAUAAGUGUGGUGUUAAAAAAAUGUAAAAAUGAUUCGGUGCAGAUGGUCGUGGAGUCUUUUCUCGAAGGCUAUGUUCUUGUCGGUUUUGACAACUGACAGAAAUGCUAACGCGUGACCUGUGAUUACAAUCGGUCAUCUGUGAUGUCAUCAUUGUGUUGUCGGAAAAAUUUCUGUUAUUUUUUGUGAAUCGGAACAACAGUCCUCCUCCUUACCCUCAAAUGUCCUACCCAUAUUAUGGCUUUUUCACCUCCCCUCGAAGUAGAUUGUACUUCCCCACCAACAUUAUCCUCAUCUCAUAGUUGUCUGUGAAGUUGUGAAAGUCAAUGCUAAAAUAAAAAGGUGCGGCAGCUGCGCACCAAGCCCGCGUCCUCCUUUAUAAUUUGUUUCGGAAUUCUAAUUCUUGAUUCCCGGCCCCGCCAUCUUUCCCAUCGUAUUCGUAACAGUCACUAAAGAAUAUCUUCCUUCUACUUCUGCAUCUUCAUUUAAUCGGAGUAGUUCAAUUUUGAUCAACAUUUAAUGUCGCGAGAUUACGGAUAAGCAUUUGCAUUUGAUUCGGAUCCAGGUGGCAGCGGCAAGCAGUAAUUGGUAUCUGUUCCAGUUGUGAGGCCCCCACGCCACCUGGAGUGGUACUAGUGGAGGGUGGUCCUCAGGCGGGGCGGCUACGUGGAGUCGCGAUCAUGCCCACGGCUGCUUCGGGCAGAAAUUCUUCAUUUAUUCCGACGAGUUUUGAUAUUUGUAUUCGCAAGCUGCCAGCAAAGGGAAAGGAAAGGGAAUGAGCUUCAUUGCUACGACCACGACCACCCCCGGGGAAGAUGAACAAAAUGAUGGCACUCCUACUCCUGCUUCCGUUCUCCUGACCAGUUUGUCCACUACGACGACCGCGGACCCAUGCGCAUUGUACACGAGCGGGCAGGUGUGCCCCGAGGCUGCUGGUGCGUCGACGUCGACCAGCCCCUACGAAGCGGGCGUGGAGGACCGCCGGGGCCAGAUGAGCGUGGUCGGGUUCGUGGUGAUAAUGUCCGUCGCGUUCGGCGCGCUCGUCUUGAAGCGGCUGAGCCAAUUGUACCAGCGGGAGCGGGCCCGCCAGCGGAGGAUCUCCGACGAGGAGCUGAAUUCCAGUUGCGGUAGCGAAGGCCCCAGAUUGCCGCAGGUGGUGCAGACGCGAACCAUGCGGAGCAGCAGUAGCGCCAACCUGUACAGAAACAACUCAUCCGCUCCUGCAAACAGAACAACAACGACGUCGACCAGGGAAGAACUGGUUGUACUAGAUCAGCAACAAACACCGCAGAAUUUUCACUACACGACCUCGCAAGGGCGAAUCGGCAACAUGCGUCGCGGGGACUCGGGAUCGACGCUCGCGACCUCGAGGCGGUACCAAUCGGACACAAGUAACGCCACCAGUGACCACGAGGUUGUGUCCUCCAGCGCAGGAGUGCCCACACUGUCCACGAAGCUGCACGCGGAGCAAUCGGAUACCAACUCCAGCACGCUGCGGGGGAGCCUGACCGAAUCAUUUUCCUCCCUACCCACGUCGAUGAACACCAACACGGCAGUACCCCAGGUUCACGGACGAAGUAUAAUAGAAGACCAGGGAAUGGGAACCAUGAAACAACUAGGGGAUCAUGACGAGAUGACCACGCCUGGUGCAGCUGCACACCAUGUAGUCGGUAGAAGCGACCGCGAGGAGCGGCCAACUACACAAAAAUCGGAGGACACUACUAAUGUGCAAGAACAGGAGCCGUCUCCUGGAAAUGCUACUUCCGCCACUACAGGACCACCCGCGGCAGUACCGGCGCCUGGUGUGUCAGUGUCACGGCCAGGGAUGUUGACAAUAGAGGAUCCGCAAAACAGAGAAAGUAGAAGGGGUCGCCCUCCGGACAAUGCACACUCAGCUCCUGUUGUGUAUGUUGUCGUGGAUUGAGAUAAAAAGUAUAGUAAGUAAACCAUGAAAUGGAGUAUAUUACUCACUAGAGUUUAUUAUAUCGGCAGCUGCAAUGUCUAUGUCAAUGAAUCCUGAACCUACAACUGCGUUGACGUGGUGCUGCGACGGCUACUCCAACUCAUCUGGUGACAAGCAGGUGACUACUGUUCUUUAUAUGGAGAUCAAGGUCACGUUUGAAUGAAAAUCUUCGCUGUAGUUGACAGGAACGAC